CGGGAACGGCGUCAGCGGUUGCGUGAGCAGGGAGUUCUACAGGCGAGUUCAGAAGAGAGUAUAGAGGACCUCAGCAUCGACACCUCGAUCAGCAGUCACUGCGACCUUGAUCGCAUCUCUGGAGGCAUGGGAAGGGUAAGUGCCUUCUUCUUCUCCCUUCUCCCAUUCACUUCAGCCUUGGAUGGGCUUUUCUUAGUUGAGGUGGUCGCAGUUACCACCACCUGCCUCCCCCUCCUGCCUGGAAGUAGUGGAAUUCGAGUUAUAGUAUUUACAGCACAAUUCUACAUAUUUCAAAGCUGGGAUGGGCUUCUGCCUUGA